AUGGCCAUGGACGAGGGGAUAUUCCUGUUGGUGGCAGGCCAGCAACAUCAGGAGACUGCUAUGCAGGGGCAGCAGCAGCUGACCCAGACCCUACUGAUGCAAUUAAUGGAGAACCUGCAAUGGCAACAGGAGGUCCAGUUUGUGGUGCAACAAUGGUGGCUGGAGAUCCACUUCAACCAGCAGGAGUGGAUACAGAGGCGGUCGGGUCACACCACACCCAAGAGCCCAGUCGCACCUGUCUGUGAUUUCCUCCUCAGAUACGGUGGGUUCUACCCUCAGAUCCGCUACCAGAUUGGAGAAACCUACGGCAAAACCACCUCUCGCCUGCUGACAGACUGCAGUGUUCUGAAGAGCCCUUGCUCUGUGCUGGCACCCCUGGUGAAGCCAAGGUUCACAGAGGACUUUAGUGGUACAAAGCAUCCUUCAAACCAGAUGCUGGAUCAAAACUACAAUUACUUUCCCGGAUACACUGGGUUCAUUCCCUACCAAAAUGCCCAGUUUGGACCAUGCUGUCCCACACCAACCACUGAAUCAAGAGCCCCACUGCUAAUGGUGCUGCCAGCACAGGGGCAACAGUCGUGGGUGGACACAGACCCUGGUGACUCUAGGCAGCUACGUGAGCAGAGAAAAUAUAUCCCCUGCCAUCCUGGCAUUAGAUUGGCAUGUGGGCAUGGAUGGAAGAGUUCAUCCUCCCCUACUGGCACGCCACUGGCAUCUAAGCAGGAGGAGAGGAAGGCACCUGGCUAUCCUGACGUGGCACUGGCAUGUGGGCAGCAAAAGAAUCAUGGACCCUGCCAUCCUGACGUGGCACUGGCAUGUGGGCAGGGAUGGAGGAGCUCUCCCUGCCUCCGUGGAACCAAACAGCCUGUUAGGAUUGAGGGAGUGCCUUUGGAUGCAGUGACUGAGACAGUGGAUGUAAGCAGAUAUAAUCAGCUCCCAAAGCUGGAUGUCCCAAACCUGAUCCAACGGAAAGCCAUUUCAGGCUACACUGGAUUCAUACCGCGCUUCACUUGGAUUAUGGGUGUUAACUACCUCCAGGGAGUUAAAGAUGCCAUGAAUGAAUUUGACAGAAAUCAGGUAAAUUAUAGCAACAUGCAUUUUUUUCAGCAAAUUGAUUUAGGCCUUGACCCCAUCCUUCAUCGAGAACCUUUCCUUUGACUGUAACAGGAGCUGGAUGUGGGCUCUUCUAUAUUCAGCAUAAAGCUCUCCUAGGUAAUAGGCUGAAGGAACGUCAU